AUGAUAAAAUCUAGAUAGAACUCCUUACAGGCUAUUCGAAUUAAUUAAUCAAGUGAAAAAAUAAUGAAAGUUAUUCCAAUCAAACCAACAUCAUAAAGCGAGUUUCAAAAUAAGAAAUCAGCAGAUCAUUUGGAUCCUAACGAACUCAGACCUUUCUUGGAAGACUUAAUGAGAAGAUAUGAUAAAAUGGCUCUUGAACUACAAGCAGCUUAAGCGAAAAAUUAUGAAUAUAACGAUCAAAAUUAAAAAUUAAUUAGAGAAAAUGACUAACUCAAAGAAGCAGCCAAAUCCAGAGAGGAUGAAGUCAAUUCCCUAUAUUCUAAGUUGGUGGGAUAUUAAAAUAAGUAUGGCCAAUAGAUCGAUCAACUAUAAAAUGAUAAUGUGAAAGUAGUGCAAGUGUUGACCUAAAAAAUUGAUGACCUAGAAUCUGAAUUAAUAAAAACAUAGAACGAUUUGGAUUAUAAUAAAGGAUUAUUGAUUUUGAGAGAAUAAGAAGUCCUAGAGUGGAGAAGCAGAAGAUAAUUCGAUGAAUCAAAAACUCUAAAAGAACUCAACUAAAUAAAACAAACAUUGUAAUCAAAGGAAUAAGAAUUGCAAGCAUUAAGAAUAAAAUACGAUUUCAAAUAAAAAACAACACAAUCAAGUUCAGGAUAAUAAUUAGAACUAGAUGCACUGAGAUAAGAAUUAUAUAUUAAAGAAUAAUAGCUAGAGAAAAUAAAUAAUUAGGAGAAUUCAGAAUAAUGUAGCAUUUAUUAAAAUGAAAUCAAUAGAAUUAAUAAAAUUGUUGUAGAUUUAAGAAGUGAAGUGGAAAAACUUAAAUAAGAGUAGGUAGAUUACGAAUGGUUAAAGAGAAGAUAUGAAAAGGAACAUUAAUCCUAUUCUACUUUAAGAGUUUGAAAAUUAUUAUAUAGGCAAUAUUACUUUAACUAAUAUAUCUAAA